GCGGUGCGGUGCGGCGCGGUGCGGCGCGGCGGACGGGGCGGAGGGCGAGCCCGGAGCCUCGUCCACCAUCAGAAAGUUGACGGUGUCCGGCGUGGACGACAAUAAAUGUCAGCGCUGAACAGAUCGCGCAAUAAAACCAGCUUGAUAAAUAGAGAACGUGAGCGAGUUGGCGCUGCGGCUGUUUAUCAACAGAGGAGUUCGGUUUCCGGGGCGCGACCUUCCUCUGAACUCAACAAGUUGAUGUCGUCUCUUACGAGCGAUUAAUUAUGAUUAGUCGUUAAACAGCCUUGUGAAAUCAGCUUUCCUUGUCUACGUGUGUUCACCUUUACCUGAAAAACAAUUAGUUUAACCUCUCGGAGCUCAUUUUUGUUAAUUUCGGUUGUGUUGUGACGUCGUUGGAUGGGCCACUGUUUGAAGUCAGCCAGGGUUAUUUCAUGGAAAGUGUGAACUACAUGUCUGACGCUCGUUUAUAGAAAAGUCGACCCAUGCCGUUGAACCGCCUGCAGUGUGUUGGGGUGAAGAUGUCCAUGCUGGUCAACAGACAUGCCUCUCCACAGCAUUUGGCUCCUGUGUAGGAUGCUCCGUCAGGACUGAAGUAAGCGCCGUAGCACGAUGGGCAACGAGGACGCUCUGGAGGAUGUGUUCGUUGCUGUUAUUCGCCCAAAGAACCAAGUGAGCCUGAGCUCAAAGGAAUACAGGGCCAAAGGCUAUGAGAUCCUGUUGAAAGAAGUGCCUUUGGAGGGAAAGGAGAAGAAAAGAAAGAAGGUUCUGCUGGGGACAAAGAUCCAAGCGGGAGGAGACCGAUCCAAAUCCAUACUGGAUUACGUUGAUGAAACAAUCAGACCCAUCUCCAGUAAUCAAGCAUUUGUAGGAAAGCGUGUGGUGCAUAUGAAGAAAUUCCCUCUCGAUGGAGUCAAUGAAGGAAAAGAGGCCUCACUUUAUGUUGUGCCCGUCAGUGUUAAAGACAACAGCAAACCUGUCCACAGCCCCGGGGGCCCCAGCUUCUACUGCCUCCAGGACAUCAUGCGGGUGUGCAGCGAGACCAGCGCUCACUUCUGCCCCGUCACCUCCAGGAUGCUCCUGGCGCUGGACAAGUGGUUGGCCGAGCAGCACGCCGUGCCCCACGCCAUCCCCGCCCUGUUCCGGCCCGCGGCCGUGGAGCGGGUGAAGACCAACGUCAGCAACCCGGCCUACGGCGGCGAGGGCAGGCCGAGCGACGACGGCCUGCACAUGGGCUACACGGCGCUGGAGAUCAGGAGCAAGAUGAUGUCGCUGGAGAAGGCGGACAUGUGCGUCCUCAACCCGCUCUACGGCUCCGAUCUGCAGUACACCAACCGGGUAGACAAAGUUAUCAUCAACCCGUACUUUGGGCUCGGAGCGCCGGACUACUCCAAGAUCCAGAUUCCCAAGAGGGAAAAGUGGCAGCAUGGUCCCAACUGUGCGACCGAUGACAAGGACCGCCAGUGGGUGGAUGACUUCCCCCUCCACCGCAGCGCCUUGGAAGGGGACACGGAGCUGCUCUCCAAGCUCCUGGACAGCGGCUUCUCAGUCAAGCAGCUGGACAGUGACCACUGGGCUCCCAUUCACUACGCCUGCUGGCACGGCAAGGUCGAGGCCACCAAGCUGCUGCUGGAGAAGGGGAACUGUAACCCGAACAUGCUGAACGGCCAGCUCAGCUCCCCGCUGCACUUUGCAGCCAGAGGAGGCCACGCCGAGAUCGUGCAGCUGCUGCUGCAGCACCCAGAGAUUGACCGGCAUAUUGAAGACCAGCAGAAGAAAUCCCCCUUGCAAGUGUGUGAGGAGAACAAACAGAACGAAUAUGAGGAGACGGCGAAGCUACUGCAGCAGGCCAGCAGCAAACCUUAUGAGAAGGUGCGUAUCUACCGCAUGGACGGCUCCUACCGCUCCGUGGAGCUGAAGUUCGGCAACAACACCACGGUGCAGCAGAUCAUGGAGGGCAUGCGUCUCUCCCAGGAAACCCAGCAGUACUUCACCAUCUGGAUCUGCUCCGAGAGCCUCCACCUGCAGCUGAAGCCGUAUCAUAAGCCUCUGCAGCACCUGCGCAUCUGGACGGAGAUCGUGACGGACCUGACGGUGCUGGACCCUCAGAGGGAAACGCCUCAGCUCUUCCUUCGCAGGGAUGUCCGGCUGCCUCUCGAGGUUGAGAAGAAGGUGGACGACCCGCUGGCCAUCCUCAUCCUGUUCGACGAGGCGCGCCACUGCCUCCUGAAGGGCUUCUUCCCUGCUCCAGACAGCAAGCUGAUCACACUGGCCAGCCUCCUCCUGCAGAUCAUCUACGGCAACUACGAGAGCAAGAAACACAAGCAAGGAUUCCUCAAUGAGGAAAAUCUGAAGUCGAUUGUGCCGAUCUCCAAAGUGAAGAGCAAAGCAUACCACUGGACCAACAGGAUUCUCCACGAAUACAAAGCCCUGAGCACCAGUGAGGGAGUGAGUAAAGAGAUGCACCACCUGCAGCGUCUCUUCCUGCAGAACUGCUGGGACAUCCCGACCUACGGGGCAGCCUUCUUCACGGGCCAGGUCUACACCAAGGCCAGCGCCAGCAACCACAAAGUGAUCCGUGUCUAUGUCGGGGUCAACACAAAGGGGCUGCACCUCAUGAACAUGGAGACCAAGGUCUUGCACAUCAGCUUAGAAUAUGGCACUUUCAUGUGGCAGCUUGGACACGCUGACCAGUACUUCCAGAUACACAGUGGUGACAACAAAAUGAACUUCAUUGUGCACACAAAACAGGCUGGCCUUAUUGUGAAGCUUUUAAUGAAGCUAAGUGGACAGAUGACACCAAACGACAAAGCUGUUACAGACAAAUACGCCUAUGGUUAAAAAAACGAAUGAAGAAACCACAGUGGCCAAAGAUCAAAUUCUUUUUGACUUGUGUUUUACUGCAGUAGCCCUGUUCAAGGAGCAACCUUGGCCUCUUUAAACGCCUCAUUUUGUAUAACAAACUUAAUCAAUAUUUCACAGUUCUACAGCUCAUAUUUACAUUUCAUGUAAAUAAUUUCAUUAUUUAAUGUUUUAAUAAAGUGACUAAUGUA